GAAUGGCGGAAACUUCGAAAAACAAAAUUCCAGGUGAAAAACGUGAUAUAUCCGUAAACAGCAAAGAAAUUGGAGGUCCCUCUGUGAGCCAGAAAGAGAAGAGAAUACCUAACACUGAACUUAUCCCGCCAUCUAGGUUCCAAGUACCCAUCCAGAAGCAAGAAGACCCCUGGAAAUCACUGUCAAAAGUCACCAAUGAUCUUUUACAAUUACGUCUCGAAUAUGAAGCUCUAAAGGCCAAGAAGCCAGAACCAGAACCAGCACCAGUUCAACCUCUGCAAGUUCCCAAAGCACUCAUUGCAGCUCCUGAUGAAAUUCGAGCUCACAUUGAUGUUCAUCAUCCCUCUUCACGUCAACAAUCCGAUUGGCUACCACUCAAUGACAUCAUCACACGCCAGGCUACAGAGAUCGCAAAUCUUAAAUCUGAGUUGAAGUGCCAGUGUGAGAAACAGAAUGAGGAACUGAGCAGAUUAAAUCGUGAAAUGUUGUCACAGGAACGUAACUUGGAAAGACAGAUAGCUGAUCUAGAGAGAGAUUUGCAAAAUACAGAAUCAAGUUAUCAAAAACAGAUCUCAGAGAUGACAUCACAAGGUGAGACUCAGAAAGAGGCUGCAAGAUCCCGACAAAGCCAACUAGAAGACAAAAUAUCGGAAUUGACCAAUGAACUUUCACACAGAACUAAAACACUAAAUGACCAGAAUAGAGAACUUAAGCAACAAAAUGAGAAAAUAGUGGAGGACUUGAAAUCUCAAGAAAAAGACAAAAGCAGUGAAAUGAGAAAGCUAGAGGAUCAAAUAUCUCAACUGAAGGUUUACUUAUCUGAAUGUCAACAAACCAGUAAAUCCAAUGAGCUCUGGAGACAACAAACUGAAGAACUCUCCACAAAAUUGAAGACAGCAUUGGGGGAGAAAGAUGCAAUAGAAUCCAAGCUAGAAUUACAGGAUGUCAGGUUGAAGUCAACCCAGGAAAUACUCUCCAUACAGGAAACAGCACUAUGCAAGGGUGAGAAGGACCAAAGCAACAAGUUGAAUUCUCUACUGACAAGGUGGAGAGAGAAAGUAUUUGUGCUGCUUAUUCAACAGAAAUCAAGUGAUCUAGUCAGUAAGAAGGAUGCUCAGAAUUAUCAAGAGAAGAUUGCAGGUCUUGAACAGAAGCUAUCUGAGGCUGAAGGGAAGGUACAAGUUCUGACACAUACAAUAUCUGAUCUCCAGGCUCAGCUUGAUAUACAAUGUAAUGACAACAAGGUAUUACAAAAUGAAAUUACAAAUAGCCAGCAGGUGGCGCUAAUGCUAGAUGCGAAAAAUAACAAAGAAGUGGAACAUGUCACUAAAUUAACACAGUUUGCCGAACAAGUUCAGUCAGGAUUGGAGGGCUUGAAUACCCAAUGGGAGAUGUCCCUUCAGUCAUUCUCUACCUUAAACCAGAGACUUAGCUUCGCUAGUGGGCGGGUGGAGAUUCUACAAGCUCAAUUUGCACGAAAACAAGCCUUGACGAGACUCCAUCAUGGCUCAGUGCUGCCAUCUAGAGAUGAUAACCUAUCUACCAGAUCUACACAAACAGAGGAUGUCUCAGGAACAGUGUACAACUCUGAACUUGAGCAAGUCACUCUGGAGCGAGACUCUCUAGCUGCACAAGUAAAGAAUGACGCCCAAGCUAUGGAAACCAAGUAUAACACAAUAAAACAUCAAUAUGAUACAGCUGUAGAGGACAUGCAAAGGCGUAUGAGAGAUCUCAAUGAAGAGAGGGACCAUGCAACACAGAAAUAUGACGCCAUUUGCGCAGAGCUUGACAAAGUGAAUGUAAGCAGACAAGAACUGGAAGAAACUGUAAAUGGCCUGAGACUGGAUAUUAAGAGGUUGAAGGCAGAUCAUGAAAAGGAUGUAGACAGGUCAAGGCGAGAUGAGAGAGGCAAGAUGGAGGAAGAAUUCCGCCAAAUUGAAAUAAAACUGAAUGAUGCAUUAAAGGAACAAACUAAAGCAAUUGUACAAAGCAGGCAGGUGGAGAGGCAGGCAGCUAGGGAUAAAACCAGAGCUACUGAAGCACUCAAAUCUCUGCAGAUGACAUAUGAGGACACUAUUCAACAACUUCAUACCCAAAUACGAACCAUAGAUGCAGAGCGCAACAUGCUAAUGGCCACUGUGAAGCAAGAAGGUCUGAUUGGGAAGUACAAAUCUCAGCAUCCUCCACCUGUAGAUUCAAGUGACACAUCAACAGACACACACCAGUUAAAAACAUUCCAAACUGAGACACUCAAACAAAGAACAAGGACACAUGAGGACACACCAAAAGGAGAAAAUAAAGACACCAGAGAAGGAGCAAUAGGAUUAGGAGAUAUGCUGCAAGAUGUUAGGACAUUAGCUGCAGAACUGGUUAGCUCAUCUGAUGAACAGCCCCAAUAGUCACAUUGGAGGUUUCAGUGAAUAGUCAU